CCAAUCACCCGAUCGCAUUAAUCCAAACCGGCAGCCACAGGACAGAAUUCAAACGUUUCAAAAUGGAGUUUGUUCAGUUUAUCGUGCGACCGUUACAACGGAUGUUGCACUAGGAUCCCCUUUUUCCAAAAAAUGUAAUACUUCAAUAAAAAUCUGUCGAAAAAGUAUCGAAAACUCCGUGUAAGCCCCCCAUAGUGCCCAGGCCAUAUACAGAAUUAAAAUAACCCCAGAGUAAAUAAAUGAAUAAACAAUAAACAACCUCAAUCUCUCGUGUUUACCACUCGUAAAAUGCUGGCCUUACCAAAGACACCAACAAAAAUGGGUAAAGAGACAUUAGAAUUAUCAGUCUCAGUUCGUAAUAAACGUAAGGAACGACCUGAGACAUCAAAAAAAUUAUUAGAACUACCAGACAAGCCUCAUCCCUCUUCAAGCCUUGUGCAUCUUUCCAACGACAAGUUGGAACUUGCAAUUCAGCUCGAGUGCAAGAUGAAGGAGAUUCAGCAGCAGCAGAGGAGAAUGCUAGAGCUACAGGACAAGAUAAGUACAAAUACUAGAUUAACAUUGUCACGUGAGAAAUCAGAAUUAGCGGAGAAGCUCGAGAGGAAUAUGGAGGAGCUGGAGGAACACCAGAAAAAAUUGUUGGAACUCAACGAUAAAAAUGCGUAUGACUCUCAGCUUACCACAAACCUUGAGCUACAACUCGAAGAGCAAACGGUGAAAGUGGAGGCAUCGAAUCGAGAGAGGGACAAGCUGGAACGUCAGUUGACAUCCAUGAAAUCAGAUGUAGCUUCACUCCAGCGAACUCUCCAGUUGGAGAGACAAGAGAGGAAAGAUCUGGAGGAGACAGCCUUGGGUUUGAUCAGGAGUGCAAAACAAAAGUGGGAAGCUGCAGAGAAAGAUAAACUCUCUAGAUUAAAUAAACACAUCGAGACUCAGACUACUCGUAUCACUGAGCUAUGCACCAGCAACAAUGAAAUGUCUUCCAAACUGCAGCGUGCCCAGUGUGAUUUGGAGACUGCGAAUGCAGAAUUGCAGAAAUUGAGGAGCUUCCAGGCGCAGUACAAGCAGUCGUUGGCUAAAACUCGAGAAUUAAGACGUCAGAGUGUCCAGGGUGUUGAGAAUAAAUUGGAAGAGAUAUCGGUGAGGGCUCAUAAUCAAUUGGCAGAGGUGAGGCUCAAGCUUGAACAAGAAGUAGCUAAAAACACUGAACUGGAAAGUACUUUAAGAAAUGAGAGGGAUGCUAAUCACUGUAAGCUUUCGCGACUCAAUAUGGCCUUGGAAUUAGCCCAAUCAGAGUUGAAGGAUCUUCAGGAACAACUCAGAUCUACCCAGGCGAUGAUUCCAGCACGAGACCAGGAGAUAGCGACAUUGAAAAAUCAGUUAAAAGAGAAAUUGAACCAGAUGGAAGGGAUUCAUGUUGCUGAGCAAACUAUUUCUCAACUCACCGAACAGCUCGAGAAAGUCCAGAUGGAAAAUGAACAGAUGAAGAAUCAGCUGGAGUCUACGAGGAGCGAUUUGAAUGACACUUUACUGAACCUCAGGAGAAGUGAGAAUAUUGCUGAUGAUCUUGAGAAAACUGCACAGGACAAAGCAGCUCUUCAACAACGUCUUCAAGAGUCCAGGGCCAAAGAGGAUGAGCAGUUACGAAAGGUCGAUACCCUGGAGGAACUUCUCCAGUGUCUUCAACAAAGUGUUGCUAAAUUAGAGUCUGAAAAUGCAGUUUUGAAACGUUCUUCAAGUUCAAUUCCCUCGGGCAGUCGAGUAUCUACCACCAAGGAGAACUCUCUUAAACUAUCAGAGCUUGAGCAACAAAUUGAACGUCUGGAGAAACAAUUGGAAACAUCCAGGGAGAGUGCUGUUGCAGAACGUGAAGCGGCUCGUCAAACCCAGCGAGCACUCUGGAAAAAAGAGAAAGAACUGUCAGACGCCAAUUUGGAUAAGAGAAUUGCUCUGAGGGAAGCCAAGACCUCUGAAGAAAAAAUAAAAUCACUGCAAGAAGAGAAACAGCGGCUGACGGAACGAUUGAAUAAGAAGUACCAGGAAGAAGAGGAGAAAGCCAAGAAAUUGCUGUCUGAACUUGAGUCUGCGAAAACUUCUCUCGCUGAGAUCACCAGAGAGUCUUCGAGAAAUAAAAUGCAGGCAGAUUCAGCCCAACGAGCUCUGACACAAGCGAAUAAACAAAUCGAAGAGCUUCAGUCCUCCUCUGCUGGUCUCCGGAGGGAGUUGGAUGCUGCGAGAAAGCAAGCGAGAACCAGUCAGGAUAGAGUCGAUAGUUUGAAUGCAGAGAACAAACGCCUGACAUUCGCCAUCUCCAAGCACAAUGAAGUGAAGAGCACACUGGAAGCUAAACUGGAGGAGUUGGAGCAAGAAGCAAAGGCUGAUAAAGUAAAUAUCGACCUUCUGAAAGAAACCUGUACAGUUCUUGAAGAGCAAUUGACAGAUUACGAACGAUUAACCAGUGACCAUGAAACUAGAGAGAACACUCUAGUCCAGGAGAAAAUGAAGCUGCAGAAGGAGUUAGAAGUUCUGGAGCAAAAACUUCGAGAGGCAAAGUCAGGACAGAACGAGGAGAAAUCUAAAAGAUUAAUAUCAGAGAAAGCGAUGCAAAAAUUGGAAUCGGAGACGUCUGAAAUCGAAACUGAGAGAGAUAAUUUAUUAACUCAGAGAAACGAGUACAAGAAGCUCGCACAAGAUUUGAACCAACAAGUUGCUUCAUUGACAUCCAAAUGUGGACAGCUGGAAUGUGAUAUUGGAGAGUUGCAGAGAGCUUUGGAGUCUGCACGAGCUGAGGCCAUGAUCGUCAAGGAAGAGAGUACAGAUCACCUAACUCGUCUUCAUGAGCUCAAGGACAUCAAUCAAGAUCUCAUGGCUGAUCUCCAAAGUAGCAUUGAUCAAGGACAAGAGCUGAGGAUCAGAAUAGCAGAGUUGGAGAGUGUUCUUGAGGAGAUGAGGCAGUUUUAUAAUGAGCACGAGAUGAAAUCUGAGGGAACGAGGCAGCAACAAACAAAAUUAAUUGAUUACCUCCAGCUUAAACUCGAAGAAUGCAACAAGAAGAAGAAGACCGUCUGCGAUAGGAUAUUCAGGACUAAGCAGAAAGACAGUGUGAUACCAACAGGUACAGGUAUGCCAGUGGGUUACAGAGAGUUGGAGAACCAGUUAACUCGAGAACGAGCUAAAGUCAAGGCUCUCACUGAACAGCUACUGGUCCUGAAAGCAGCAGCAGUUACGUCAGCCCCAGUUUCACCCACUGUCGACUGCAAAUCUGCAGAAUCCAAGCCUCAGGAUUCGAAGAAGUAUCAGUAUUCUGAGCAGCCUGAUGAAUUGUUAUCCAGACAAACAUCACUGCAAAGAGUACGACAUAAUAUUCCUCACAGGUUCAACGUGGAGUUAUCAAUGCGAGCUGGGAAAUGUGCAGCUUGCUUGGAGCCCAUUCAAUUUGGCAAAAGAUCUGCUAUCUGCAGUGAAUGCCAGAUAAUGACACAUCUCAAGUGCUCACUCCUCGUUCCUGCUAAUUGUGGACUUCCUGGAGGUCUCACGAGACAUUUAGGAAAGAAUUGGAAGGCAAGCGAUGAGAGUAUCUCGACCCUGAGUGGCAGUGUACAGACACUGACUAUUGAUGAACCUGAUCACGCCGAAUUAGAGUCUAAAAAUGUCAAGAAGAAGGAUGGAGGUGCCAUGGAGAGUUGGGUGAAAGUUCCAGGACGUGGAAAAGCUUCUUGGGAGAGGAAAUACGUGAGGCUUGAGGAUUCAUGUCUUCAUGUUUACGAGCAUGAACCCAGUCCAGGGAUGUCACCAAUCAACAGGAUGGAGUUGACUGAUAAAAAUGGAUUUACAGUGAUAGAGGAUGUUCAUCAAGCUGAGGUACCUGGCACCGCAAAAUCUGACAUACCGUUUAUCUUCAGGGUUGAGUCCAAUACUUUCAAUACCUGCUGGCCUACCAACAGGCUCGAUAUCAUGGCUUUGAGUCAAGUUGAUAAGAAGAGCUGGUUGAAUGCCUUGAAGUCAGUUGCCAGUCAGAAUGGAGUCAGGGGAACGGCAAAGAAUUCGAUGGUACAGAGUGUGGUGAGGUUGGAAAAGAAUAGAUUGGAUUUAAAUUGUGUUAUUGAGCUGGAGGAAGAGGGGGUACUACUAAUUGGGGCUGAGGAGGGAUUGUACUCGUACAGACCUGCAGUUUCCAAGGUUCUCACUGCCAUCAGAGGGGUGAAACGAGUUCACCAGUUGACAGUGCAUCCUCAUCUGGGCUUAGCACUAAUGAUAGCUGGCGAGGACAGGCAGCUGGUGUCUUGUGAUCUCAGACAACUUAAAAGCAAUGCUCUUGCUGCUGAUUGUUCAAGGCCUGCCAUCAACACCAAGAGGAUACUCAAUGGAUCUGAGAGUUGUCAUCUGUACCAGCUGGAGGAAGAUCUACUUUGUGCUGCUACUGCGUCCCAAGUAAUUCUACUCAAGUGGAAGACUGAUCAGGUUGAUGGAAAAUUUGUACCUGUAAGGGAAUUGGAAACUCAGGAGCCAUGCAGUUGUGCCAUAUUCACAAAGGAUAAUCUCAUCGUGGGUUGCCAAAAGUUCUUUCAAAUUGAUCUGCAAAAUUAUGGAGUUGACGAUUUCCCGGAAGAGGAUGAUAGCUCGGUCAAGGCUGCACUUGCUGGCGUUGCUAGACUAGGAAUUUUCCCUGUUGCUGUUCUCAAUGUCUCGAAUGGCAGUCAGGUUGAACUUCUAUUGUGUUAUAAUGAGUUCGGAGUCUUUGUUAAUGAGAAUGGGCGAAGGACUAGAAUGGUGGAUCCUACUUGGAGUCAUCUGCCUUUUGCUUUCGCAUUCAGGAAGCCUUAUCUCUUUAUCGUUCAUUUUUCAUCGGUUGAGGUAAUAAAAUUGACAUUGGAGACAUUCAGAUCAACAAACAAGAGUCCAGAGAGAGCUCUUAUUGAUCUGAAUAACCCAAGGUAUUUGGGUCUUGCUGGAUCCAGAGGAAUCUAUGUAGCUGUGAUCAAUUCCACUCUGGACAUUCAAAGAAUCGAUGGGGUUGCUUCUAUUCUAUCGAGAAUAAGUGAUAGUUUGAGCAGCUUAGAUUCACUCUGUAAUAAUGACAAUGACGAGAGUAGUUCAGAAUUCAGUUUCACGCCGAGUCUCAUGGAGGCUUUGGACAAUCCCGCCAAGAAAGUACAUUUUGCUGACACCAGGGACAACUAAUGUUUUUCAUUUUUAUUGAAUUUAUUUUAUCAGUCAAGACUUAAUUUAAAAAUUCUAGAUUAUUUUUGUAGAAGUUUGUUCUCUAUGUCUAUGAAAAUAUAAAUCGAACUUUUUUGCAGAUCAUUUUAUCAUGCAAAAAAUCCUCAAGACUUUCUCGCCAAAUUUUUUCUCAAUCUCACUACUGAUAACUUUAGGGAUUGUUCAUGAUGUUCAUGACAUGACACUUCACUUGCCAUUGACUACAAUUAGAAAUAAGAAAAAGUAUUUUCUCGUUCUCAUUACCAUAAUUUUUCAAUAUUGUAAACGGAAUUUUGCGGUAUUUAUUUAAUUGGUUUGUCUAACUUUGAAGAUUUCCUUUGGUCUUCGUAAUAUUACCGGAUGAGGCGUAAGGGUACUUAUAACUUAAUUACAUUAAAAUUCAAGUAGUAUUCUCUAUCCAAAUGUAAUUCUUCGAUUAAGAAGAAUAAGGAAAUGAGUGCAGUUGCAUUAUUACUACAAUUUCACAUAAAUAACUCGUUAAAAAAAUUGAUAAAUGGAGAGGUUCUGUUUGAUUACAAUAAAAUUAUUCAUAGAGUCAUUUGAUUGCAUUUUCCAGUCAAAUAAUGACUUCAUCACAUUUGAAUAAUUUCCCUCGCAAGUUAAUUGUUAUAAUUAGACACAAAGUACAUAAUAGAA